UGUACUUCGUGAUCUCCUGGCAAUAGCAUGAAUCAUGUUCAGCAAUCAGUAAAGUGACUACAAAAGCGAUAUGAGUUUUAUUAUUACUCAUUAACUUGGAUAAGUCUGUGGAAGUAAACAGGUGCUACAAGCUUAAAUAGUAUCUCUCGUGCGAGUUUUUUCACACAAAAAUAUUUACAUAAGAACUUGCAACACUUAUCAGGAUCUUCGCUGAAGAGACUGGCAUAGUCGCAUCUUCUGAUACUAUUACACCAGCUUGCUGUUAAACUAAACCGUUAUUUGUAAAAGAUGGAUCCAGAGAGCUUCACGGAUAGCGCAAAAGAGAUGACGGAAUAUAUCACAAAUUACAUGGAAAAUAUUAGAGACAGGAGAGUCUUGCCUAAGGUGAAGCCAGGAUACAUGAGACCCCUCGUGCCAUCCGAAGCACCCCAAACUCCUGAACAAUGGAAAGAUGUAAUGGCCGAUAUCGAAAGAGUAAUAAUGCCAGGCGUUACUCAUUGGCAGAGUCCAAACUUCAAUGCAUUCUUUCCCGCUGGUCAUUCGUAUCCCUCGAUUCUAGCCGAUAUGUUAAGCGCAGGUAUUGGGUGUAUUGGGUUCUCGUGGUUCGUGAGUCCAGCUUGUACUGAACUAGAAGUGAUCGUACUGGACUGGCUGGUAAAAAUGUUGGCCCUGCCCAAAGAAUUUCUUUCCUGCAGCGUUGGAAAAGGCGGUGGCGUCAUUCUAGGCAGUGCUUCCGAAGGGACUUUGGUAACGUUACUAGGUGCGAAGACUAAAAAGCUCAAGGAAGUUAAAGAACAGUAUCCUAAUAUGACGGAAAACGAGAUUGUCGAUAAACUAGUCGCAUAUUGUUCGAGCCAAGCACAUACUGGGGUUGAACGCGCUGGACGUAUGGGAGGAGUAAAAUUAAGACAGUUGGAAGUCGAUGAAAAAUAUCAGCUGCGCGGCGACACGUUUGCCGAAGCAAUCAGAAAGGAUAUAGAAGAAGGAUUUAUACCGUUUUACAUUGUCGCUACUUUGGGGACGACUGCUAGUUGCGCUUUUGAUCGUCUCGAUGAAAUUGGUAUUAUAGCGAAUCGCGAAGACGUUUGGUUGCACGUGGAUGCUGCUUAUGCAGGAUCUGCUUUUAUUUGUCCGGAAUUCAGAUAUUUAAUGAAAGGUAUUGAAACGGUAAAUUCAUUCAAUUUCAACCCUCAUAAAUGGAUGUUAGUUAAUUUCGACUGCUCUGUCCUAUGGCUUAAGAAUCCGACAUAUUUUACAAACGCUUUCAAUGUGGAAGCUGAGUUUCUAAAGCACGAGAUGCAGGAUUUGGUGACAGAUUACAGGCAUUGGCAGAUUCCACUUGCACGUAGAUUCAGAUCUCUGAAGCUAUGGUUCGUAAUGAGGCUUUACGGGGUCGAGAAUCUUCAAAAGUACAUUAGAUCGCACGUUGCUCAAGCACACGAAUUCGAAGCACUAGUUCUGUCCGAUCCUCGCUUCGAAAUCAUAGGCCAUGUUCUCAUGGGAUUGGUUUGCUUCCGAUUGAAGGGAUCCAAUGAACUCAAUAAAGCCUUGCUAAAGAAAAUCAACGAUGCAGGAAACAUCUAUCUCAUUCCAGCGAAAAUAAAGUGCAUAUACUUCUUGCGAUUCGCCGUCUGUUCUGAAUUCAGCGAGAGCAAGGAUAUAGAGUAUUCAUGGAAAGAGAUCAAGCUGAGAGCCAACGAGAUCCUUGAAGAGUAAUCGAUUUCGAAGUAAUGGCGCGCUUAGAUAGCUCACGGUUGUGGAUCGUCUGCGCCUGCCACUUGUAACCAGUUCUAGUUUUAAGUAUUUUCUAAGCCAGGUUAAUAUUUUUUCGCAAUAAAUUUUCUGUAUUAUUAAAUUUGCCAGAUACGGUGAAUAAAUAUCACUGAUGUUGUUAA